AUGUAUGAUUUUUUUAGGCAGAAGCUCGAAACAAUGAUUAUCACCCAAAGAAUUCACGAGGACCACACUAAAGCGGUCGCUAUUUUUUUCCACCUUGAAUGCAGUAGCUCGCAAAAAAUUAUGGAAAUGAAAGAAAGCUUCGCUUUUAGCUUAAGUAAGCUAGAUGCUGAUAGGACUGAGAGGGAUGUCUUUGUAUUCGCAAUUAUUGUUGUGCAUGAGCACAAUGGGAUGUCUUUGUAUUCGCAAUUAUUGUUCGUGCAUGAGCACAAUGGGAUUCGACAUGCAACGUGCCGAUGUCUCAGGUUCACCGAUAGACAGUCUAAUGUUGUUUAUUGUUUGUUGUAGUUGGUUGUCUCUUACUGUUAGUGCUCCCUGGAGUACAUGCAUCGUAAAUUAGACGGCUUCAUCAUCGCCAUGCAGCUUUUUCGUGAAGGCUGUGACGAGUUUUGAAAGAGAACUAUAUUUUAGGAAUGCAAAUCGAAAUGCUUGUUGAAUCGCAAACGCAAAGGCCCCAAAGCUCUUUACCAGAUUCAGUUCCAACGAAUGUUGGCUUUCAAAGGUUCCACUUGCUGGAACAGGUAUUCGCACGCAUCAUCAUGCUCAUGGUUCAUAGCUUACAGUAUAGCUAUGAAAUAUGUGGUUGAUGACUGGACAUAGGAGUAUCGAAAAUGAAAGAACAGCGUACACGAAACG